GACUAUAAACUUUGUACACGCCCAUUUUGAGAGCAACUGCUCUUAAAGGCUGUGUCCCCCAAGACGGUUGCUCAACCAUGCGCCUCAGACAAAUAUACACCUCGCGCUCACGUCAAAAUGACCUUGUAACCAAUUUCAAAGCGGCGAAACCUCUUAUUCUCACCGGAAAACCAUCCCAGGCUGCUACGCGUUCAAGUCUAAAUGCGGGUUCAGACGUAGUGAAAUGGAAUAUGGCAAUCACCAAACACAUGCGGAAUGGGGAAUGUGAAUCUGCAUUGAGCUUAUUCAAUUCCAUGCCUCUGAAAAACAGUGUCUCUUGGAACUCAAUGAUCUCUGGGUACCUGUUGAACGGCAGGUUCGACUUCGCCCUGCAUCUGUUUGAUCAAAUGCCGCAAAGGGACUUGGUUUCUUGGAACGUGAUGUUGAGUGGGCAUGUGAGGAAUAAGAAUCUUGGGGCAGCUAGGUUGUUGUUUGACCAAAUGCCUGAGAGAGAUGUGGUCUCGUGGAACACUAUGCUCUCUGGGUAUGCACAAAAUGGGCAUAUUGAUGAAGCGAGGUGGAUUUUUGAUAUGAUGCCUGUGAGGAAUGAGAUUUCAUGGAAUGCACUACUUGCCACAUACGUGCGUAAUGGGCUGAUUGAAGCGGCUAGGAGAUUGUUUGAGUUGAAGGAAAGCUGGGGGGUGGUUUCUUGGAAUUGUUUGAUGGGUGGGUAUUUAAAGAAGAGGAUGUUGGCUGAGGCCAGAGCAAUUUUCGAGAGAAUGCCUGUGAGGGACAAGGUUUCAUGGAACACAAUGAUUUCCUGUUGUGCUCAGGAUGGUGAUUUGGAUGAAGCAAGAAGGAUGGACUUGGCUAGGGAGUUGUUUGAGGCAAUGCCCUGUAAAAACAUUAGUUCAUGGAACACAAUGAUAACAGGUUAUGCUCAAAAUAGUGAUAUUGUUAGUGCAAGGAGCUUGUUUGAAUGUAUGCCUCAACACGAUUGCAUUUCUUGGGCUGCAAUUAUUGCUGGAUAUGCUCAAUGUGGUCAAAGUGAAGACGCACUGCGCAUGUUUGUGGAAUUGACAAGAGACGGGGAGAGGAUCAAUAGGUCUUCAUUUACAUGUGUUGUAAGUACUUGUGCUGAUAUUGCUGUUUUUGAGUUGGGCAGACAAGUACAUGGCCGACUUGUAAAGGCAGGAUAUGAAUCGGGCUGUUUUGUGGGGAAUGCACUCCUAACAAUGUAUUGCAAGUGUGGAAGCAUUGAUGAGGCACUUGAUGUUUUCAAGGGAAUUGCGGAGAAGGAUGUGUUCUCUUGGAAUACAAUGAUUGCUGGUUACGCAAGGCAUGGAUAUGGCAAAAAGGCUCUAGAUUUUUUUCAAGAAAUGAAGUGCUGUGGCAUGAAUCCUGAUGAUGUUACUAUGGUUGGCAUACUCGCUGCUUGCAGUCAUACUGGCUUGGUUGAAAGGGGAAUGCGAUACUUUUAUUCUAUGAAGGUAGACUAUGGGAUAGAUGCAAAUUCAAAGCACUACACUUGCAUGAUUGAUCUCUUGGGUCGAGCUGGUCGCCUGGCUGAAGCACAAAAUUUAAUCAAGAGCAUGCCCUUUGAACCAGAUGCUGCCACAUGGGGUGCUAUCCUUGGGGCGAGCAGGAUGCAUGGAAAUAUGGAAUUAGGGGAAAAAGCCGCUGAAAAGAUUUUUACAUUGGAGCCAUGGAAUACCGGGAUGUAUGUUCUUUUGUCUAACUUGUAUGCAGCUUCUGGUAGAUGGCGUGAUGUGAGCCAGAUGAGAUUAAAGCUAAGGGAUAGUGGUACAAGGAAAGUUCCUGGGUACAGCUGGGUUGAGGUGCAAAACAGGAUUCACAUUUUUUCAGCUGGGGACUCCACACAUCCAGACAGUGAAAGAAUUUAUGCUUUCUUGGAAGACUUAGAACUGCAGAUGAAGCAUGAAGGCUAUGUGGUUGCUACAAAAUUAGUCUUGCAUGAUGUAGACGAGGAGGAGAAGGCACAUAUGCUCAAGUAUCAUAGUGAAAAAUUAGCUGUUGCAUUUGCAAUUCUGAAUGUGCCCUCUGGGAGACCAAUCCGCGUGAUAAAGAAUUUAAGGGUUUAUGCUGUGGCUUUAGAAGAUAUGGAUUCCAUAAACUUUGGAGCUCCAAAGUUUCUUCGCCAUUUGACGGAUCCUAGCUCCAAAACAAUACCUGCAAUGGAAAUUCAAGUUUCAAAGGUUAUAGAAGAGCUGGAACUUACAAUGGAUCAGUACAUUGACUUCUGCAUUCUAUGUGGAUGUGAUUACUGUGAUAACUGCAUACGAGGUUUACAUGAUACUGCACUUGUUACUCCCUCCGCCCCAACAUCUCUACCUAUCCGCUUCCAUUUUAGGAUAUUCCAUAGUCGCCGUGCGCUUCAUUUUAUAUUCACGGAUGCAAUGACGUUGAAAACUGUUGGGCAUUGUCCUUACCAACAUGCACAUUGAUGGGUGAGUUGAUAGACAUUGAAUUCGUGACAAUGUUGACAUCAUAUCAUGGCAGUGUGGUUGGAGACAUUAACGUGAUGGUCGCGACCAACACGACAUUGGAAAUCAACGAAGGUGGCAGAAGACAAUGGGAGUGGUGGUCAUUAAAUUGCGGUCUCCCGU